UUUCAAUCACUCUCACCGGUCAUAAAAAAAACAUAAAAACAAAAAAGAAGAGAAAUUGUAAUGGCUGCCUCAACCAUGGCUCUGUCCUCCCCUGCCUUAGCCGGAAAGGCUGUGAAACUCUCACCAGGAGCCUCCGAAGUCUUUGGAACCGGACGUGUCACCAUGCGCAAAACCGUCAAAAAACCAACUGGUCCAUCAGGCAGCCCAUGGUACGGAUCCGACAGGGUUAAGUACUUGGGUCCAUUCUCCGGCGAGCCUCCAAGCUACCUCACUGGAGAGUUCCCUGGCGACUAUGGAUGGGACACAGCUGGUCUAUCCGCUGACCCCGAGACCUUUGCCAGGAACCGUGAGCUAGAAGUUAUCCACUGCAGAUGGGCCAUGCUUGGAGCCCUAGGUUGUGUUUUCCCUGAGCUCUUGGCUCGUAACGGAGUGAAGUUCGGAGAAGCUGUUUGGUUCAAGGCUGGCUCACAGAUCUUCAGCGAAGGAGGGCUUGACUACUUGGGUAACCCUAGCUUGGUCCAUGCUCAGAGCAUCUUAGCUAUUUGGGCUACUCAGGUGAUUCUUAUGGGAGCUGUUGAGGGUUACAGAGUCGCUGGAGACGGACCAUUGGGAGAAGCUGAGGACUUGUUGUACCCAGGUGGCAGCUUUGACCCAUUGGGUCUAGCUACUGACCCAGAGGCUUUCGCAGAGUUGAAGGUGAAGGAGAUCAAGAACGGAAGGUUGGCUAUGUUCUCUAUGUUUGGAUUCUUCGUUCAGGCCAUUGUUACAGGAAAGGGACCUUUGGAGAAUCUUGCUGACCAUUUGGCUGAUCCAGUUAACAACAACGCAUGGGCCUUUGCCACCAACUUCGUCCCUGGAAAGUGAGCAGCUUAUUAUUAUGUGAGUGAGAGCAGAGAAAGAGAGUUUGUUUGU